GUGGUUAAGUAAAAAUGUCAUUUGUUUAAGCUUUCUACAAUAUUAUGUAAUAUGAUUACGAGGGAUAGUGCACUGCUGGCAUGGAACGAACAGCAGGGCGGAAGCGGAAAUACCCCUGUGACGUUUUGUUAUGUACACCAGCUGAUCUGGUAAUCAAGGCGAUCUGGUUAACAUCAGCCAGCAAGUCUGCAAAAGCCACCGCGCCCUGACAUCUUACCUGGAGUCUUUGUUGGUAGCCCGCAGCAGGUAAAAGACCACUAGAUUUCGGAGAAAUGCCUCUGGUGUGAAGAUUCGGGCCUGUUACGCAGCGCGGAUUCAGCUAUGCAGACAAGGCCAUAACAAAGUGGCCUAGUACGCUGUUCGGUUUGCUGGGCCAACUGAGUGGCGUUUCGAGACUGCAACAUUUGGAUCACUCGGCAUAGAAAUUAUUGGUGAAAACGAUGGAUACCUCAAGAAUGGCUAUACGACAUCGGUGUCAUCCGCGGCGUCCAGUGUCGCCAUAGAAGUACUCUCAAGGGAUAUGUCUUUCCGUGAAGAAAAUAAGCUAUCCUAGCUAACUCGCUGGACUAGUUUCAGCAGGUACAGCUAGUGACAGAAGACAAAUAGUCGACAAGGCAACCCUGAUGCGAAGUUAGGCUACUCGCUCGCUGCGGUUUUAUUCUAACAGAAAUUUGGUUAGUGUUCCACAGAAAGGGCAAGAUGUGGCUAAAGCUGUUCUUCCUACUUCUUUACUUUCUGGUGUUGUUUGUUUUGGCACGCUUUUUUGAAGCCAUAGUGUGGUAUGAAACAGGCAUUUUUGCUACACAACUCGUUGACCCUGUCACGUUGAGUUUCAAAAAGUUGAAAACCAUCCUGGAAUGUCGAGGACUGGGUUACUCUGGUUUGGCAGAGAAGAAAGAUGUCAGAGAGCUGGUAGAAAAGUCAGGGGAUCUGAUGCAAGGAGAACUGUACUCAGCCCUGAAGAAUGAGAAGGAACAGCCUGGGACAGAUUCAAGCACUACAUUCAGUGGGGAGAUGCACUUUUAUGAACUGGUAGAAGAUACUAAAGAUGGGAUAUGGUUGGUCCAAGUAAUAGCUCAAGGCAGGGAUCCACUACUGACCAAAGGUAACUGGGGGAAAAUGAUCCAGAAAGUGUCCCAAUUUGGUAUCCGGACCGGCACUUUCAACUGCUCAAGUGACUCAAGAUACUGCCGUAAGCGCGGCUGGACAAAGUCCACCCUCAUCAUGUCCGUGCCGCAGACGUCUUCCUCCAAGGGCAAGGUCAUGCUAAAGGAGUACAACGGCCGGCGCAUCGAGACGGAGCACAUCUUCAAGUGGAUGACGGCGCACGUGGCCAACCGCAUCAAAACCAUCCGCUCCUCCCGGCAGCUGGAGGACGACUGGUACCAGCAGCAGCAGCGGGACGAGCAGCACCAUCAUCCCGCCGUCAAGAUGUUCCUCUUCGCCAAGCUGGACCAGCCGCCGGCCUUCUUCUCCGCCCUCAGCGUGAAGUUCACUGGCCGCAUCGACUUCAUCUUCGUAGACGUGCGGAGCUGGGACAACGCCAGCCUGCUGGAGGAGAUCGGCGUCAAGCAGACGCCCUCCUACGUCCUCAAGACGCCAGAGGGCAUCUACAGGUAUGGCAACAGCACAGGCGAGUUCAUGUCCCUGCACGCCAUGGACACGUUCCUGCGCUCGGUGCAGCCCGAGGUCAACGACCUCUUCGUGCUCAGCCUGGUCAUGGUCAACCUCAUGGCCUGGAUGGACCUGUUCAUCACGCAAGGGGCCACCAUCAAGCGCUUCGUGGUGCUCAUCAGCACGCUGGGGACGUACAACUCGCUGCUCAUCAUCUCCUGGCUGCCCAUCCUGGGCUUCCUGCAGCUGCCCUACCUGGAGAGCUUCUACGAGUACAGCCUGAAGCUGCUGCGCUACGCCGACACCACCGCGCUGGCCUCCUGGGUGCGGGCCGACUGGACCUUCUACUCCUCGCACCCGGCGCUCUUCCUCAGCACCUACCUGGCGCACGGCCUGCUCAUCGACUACUUCGAGAAGAAGCGGCGGUGCGGCGAGGAGGACCAGGAGGCCAAUGCCAACAACCUGGAGUGGCUGAGCAGCCUGUGGGACUGGUACACCAGCUACCUGGUGCACCCCAUCGCCUCCUUCCAAACCUUCCCCAACGAGUCGGACUGGGACGACGACCCCAACUUCCUGCUGGAGCGUCUGGCCUUCCCAGACCUCUGGCUGCGCCCCCUGGUGCCCAUCGACUACAUCAAAAACCUGCCCACCUGGAGGUUCAGGUGUUCGCAGGGCGGCAGCGCCACAGACGGACGUAACAUGGACUUAAAAGAUAACAUUAGGCAAGAAACGUGUGGGUCGUUCAACCAAGACCCGGGUGAACAUUCUAGUGGUAGUGACUCGGACAGCCCUUGCGUUGGUGACAACGGCAGUAAAGCAGAUGAUUCCUGGUCCGGUGUGGAGUCGCAGGACGGCGAAUGCUCCCCCUGGCCAGACGACAUGCUCUACUGCACCGAAUGUGUCGUGUGUCUGGAAAACUUCGAGGUCGACUGCGUAGUCAUGGGGCUGCCGUGCGGUCACGUUUUCCACCAGCAAUGCAUUGUGGUCUGGCUGGCCGGGGGUCGGCACUGCUGUCCCGUCUGCCGAUGGCCAUCAUUCAAAAAGAAGCCAUUAAGAGCGGUCCAAGGAGCGGACUCGCAAGAACCGGAGUGACCUCCGCAAUCCCUCCUGCCACCGGCCUCCCACAACCUAACUUAUAUAAAUACUUGAUGUGUACAUUGUUAGUCUCUAGUUUUUUGUCGUUUUUUUUUGUUUUUGUUUCUGUUUUAUCCAUUGGCUUGAGCCUACUACAUGCAUUUAGAGGGUAUAUGAGUUGCAAUGGGGUAAUAUAAUCCUAACAUCAUUAUUAUUAGCAUUGGUAAUUGUCAACAACAAAAAAAACAAUAACAGUGGAUUAAGAUUUCUUAACCCUAUUGGGGAUCUAAUUUGCCUUGUUCGUAAUAGAUUAAUAGAGAUGAAUCUGCAAUGCAGCUAUUAAUUGUUCAAAAUCUUCAAAUGUGUGAAUGCCUCGUUUCAAUGGUUUUGCUUUGUUGUUGAUAUGAGGCAGCCCUCUUUACGGUAUGAUCCUGGUCCCACUACUCGUAUGUCUCAAAAAUGCAGGUGAAGGUCUUGGGGAAAAAAAUGUCACUUAAACGCUCAGCUAAUGAGCAAAAAAACGUAUUGUGUGCUUAAAAAGUUUGUCAAAAUAUGUAAUUGUUACAAUUUGAAAUCAAGUUACUUGAUAGACUUUAAAUUUGUUUUAUGUUCUUGACAGACAUCUUGAAGGGUUACUAUGGUCAAUUUAUGAUCAAAAUUAUUACAUUCAGAUAUUUAUCUCCAGGCAUGUUGUUUUAAUAUUUAUUAAGAAAUGAGAAAUCUAUGGAAUGGUCUGACGUUAUGUCUUAAGAUACCCAUACGCCUCUUUAAAAAAGCUUGCACAAGACCAAACGAUGCACACUUACAAACUACAGCUAUUCUGUUUGUGUCUGUGUGGUGUUGUAACACUUAAUGGAAAGCUGAAUCUUGCUCUAAAAGCAAUUUUAUUUGGCAAUGGCAUAACACUAUGACAAAACUGGAUUCUUGUGCUCUCUUCCGGGAUGUAAUCUGAAUCAGAACAGUUUAUGGAGAGAACUGUAAUAUUCAUCAAAAUAAAGUUUAUUUUUCACCUGGACUGACAUUGUGGAAAUGUUCCCAAAUAAAUUUACUGUGUGCCUGUUACCUUUA